ACACACACUCGCACACUCUUAACUCUUUUCUCUAUAUAAAAAUGUCAUCUUCAGUCGCCGAUCAUCGAGUAUCCUCAUCGCAAAAUUAAUGAUAUUACACACAAAAUCAGCUGUAUCUAUAUGUUUAUGACACAUUGUAUCGAUUCAUGUAUUUUGAUCGGUGAACUAAGUGAUUAAAGCUUAAAGUUUUGAUUUUGAUCGGUGAAUUAAGUGAUUUGAGGUUAAAGUUUUGAUUUUGAUCGGUGAAUCAAGUGAUUUGAGGUUAAAGUUUCGAUCUUUGAUCGAUUUCUGUUAAAUUUGAGGUGUUUGUGUUUGGGUUUAGGUGAAAUGAUUACGGAUAGUUAUUCGAAGAUGAUGUCGGAUAUCGGAAUGCGAUCGAUGAUGCAGAAUGAGGAUUUAGGGUUUAUGUUGAGGAAUCAGGAGAUUAGUGAUAGGGAAAGAGAUAGAGAGAUAGAUUUGAGUAUGUAUCGAAGCGGUUCAGCUCCGCCGACGGUCGAAGGAUCGUUGAAUGCUGUAGGUGGAUUGUUGAGUGGUGGCGGCAGUGGUGUUAGUGAGGAGGAAAUUAGGUCUGAUCCGGCUUACAUUUCGUAUUAUUAUGCGAAUGUGAAUAUGAACCCUAGGUUGCCGCCGCCUUUGUUGUCGAAAGAGGAUGGGAGGUUUGCGCAGCGGAUGCAGGGGGCUGGGAGUUCAGCUGCUAUAGGUGAUAGGAGGAAGAUUGGGAGGGAGGAUGGUGGUGAUGGGAGUAGGUCGUUGUUUUCGGUGCAGAUGGAGAAAGGACAGCAGCAAGGGAGUAAUGGAGAGUGGAGUGGUGAUGGACUUAUCGGAUUGCCUGGUUUGGGAUUAGGUGGCCGGCAGAAGAGUAUUGCUGAACUUAUUCAGGAUGAUACUACUCAUCAGACAUCUGCUUCGGGGCACCCUUCUCGUCCAACAAGCCGUAAUGCUUUUGACAAUGGUGUUGAACCUUCUGAAUCUCACUUUGCACAGUUUAAGCAGGACUUGGCUUCACUGGAUGCUGUGCAUGCUUCUGCAAACAUUCAAGGCCUGUCUUCUACUCAGAAUGUUAAUUCCUCGGUUUCACAUACUUAUGCUGCUGCAUUAGGUGCUUCCUUGUCAAGAAGUACGACUCCAGAUCCGCAGCUUUUAGCUAGAGCUCCUAGUCCUCGAAUCCCUUCUGCUAGAGGAGGCAGAAGCUCUCUGGAUUUACAAAAUGUUAAUGGGUCAAUUUCAUUCAAUGGUGCAUCUGGGCGUGUGAGUCAGCAAGCAGAUCUGGUUGCUGCUUUGUCAGAAAUAACUCUAUCAAACAACCUUCUGGAUGAAGAGAACCAUGCCAGGUCUAGAAUUCAGCAAGAGAUCGAUGACCAUCAAAAUUUAUUCCAUCUGCAGGGUGAUCAGUACAAUAAUAAACAACAUCCAUACUUAAACAGGUCCGAACCUGGGCAUUUGCAAUCUAUAUCCCAGUCAGGCAAAGGAUCUUAUGGCUAUGGGGUAAGGGCGGAACUGAACAACUCUUCUUUAUUAUCUGAUGUGCAAGUCAAUCUUCACAAGCCUUCGCUGGCAUCUGCAAACUCUUACUUGAAAGGGCCAUCCACACCAACACACAAUAGUGGAGGAAGUUCACCUUCUCAAUAUCGUAAUGUUGGUAGUCCGAAUUCAUCAUUUUUAAACUAUGGUCUAAAUGGGCACAACAUCAAUCCUGGAUCGCCGUCCAUGCUUGGAAAUCAGUUUGCAAGUGGAAGUUUGCCACCUUUGUUCGAAAAUGUUGCAGCUGCUACAGCUAUGGGGGACUCCAGAAGAAUGGGUGGCUUGGCCCUGGGGCCCAAUUUAAUAGCUGCGGCAGCAGAGUUGCAGAACCUCAGCAGAGCUGGAAAUCAAAAUGCAUUGAAUGGUCUUCAGGUUCCACUUGUAGACCCAUUAUAUCUUCAGUACUUGCAAUCAAAUGAGUUUGCUGCUGGCGAGGGUUUGAAUAAUUACAUGGAUCUUGCUGGAAUCCAGAAAGCCUACUUAGGGGGUGUCCUUUCACCCCCCAAAUCACAAUAUGGUCUUCCUUACCUCGGAAGUCCAUCCAGUCUGACUCAUGGUUACUAUGGUAACCAAGCAUAUGGACUCGGAAUGUCAUAUCCUGGCAGCCCAUUAGGUGGCUCCCUUCUACCAAACUCUCCCUUCGGACCAGGUAGUCCUAUCAGACAUGGCGACAGGAGCCUUCGCUUUCCCUCAGGAAUAAGAAACUUUGGUGGGGGUGUAAUGGGACCGUGGCACCCCGAAGCUGGUGGUAUGUUAGAUGAAACUUUUGCAUCCUCUCUCCUGGAUGAGUUCAAGAACAACAAGGCUAGGUGUUUUGAGCUUUCGGAAAUUGCCGGGCAUGUUGUGGAAUUCAGUGCGGAUCAGUAUGGGAGUCGCUUCAUACAACAGAAACUUGAAACUGCCACAAGUGAGGAGAAGAACAUGGUUUUUGAUGAAAUCACGCCACAAGCACUUUCACUGAUGACUGAUGUGUUUGGCAAUUAUGUCAUUCAGAAGUUUUUCGAACAUGGAACUGCAACACAAAUAAGAGAACUGGCUGAUCAACUCAAUGGGCAUGUUUUGAACCUCAGCCUUCAAAUGUAUGGUUGCCGAGUGAUUCAGAAGGCCAUUGAAGUUGUUGAUCUGGACCAGCAAACUAAAAUGGUUGCAGAACUUGAUGGCCACAUCAUGCGCUGUGUACGAGAUCAGAAUGGAAAUCAUGUUAUUCAGAAAUGUAUUGAAUGCAUCCCUGAAGAUGCAAUUCAGUUUAUCAUUUCUAUAUUUUAUGAUCAAGUGGUGACAUUGUCCACCCAUCCUUAUGGUUGCCGUGUAAUACAGAGGGUUCUGGAGCAUUGCAGUGACCCAAAAACUCAACAGGUAGUGAUGGACGAAAUUAUGCGGUCUGUCUGCAUGCUGGCUCAAGAUCAGUAUGGAAAUUACGUUGUUCAGCAUGUGCUGGAGCAUGGGAAGCCUCAUGAACGUACUUGUAUAAUUAAUAAAUUGAUAGGCCAGAUAGUUCAGAUGAGCCAGCAGAAAUUUGCUUCCAAUGUUGUGGAAAAGUGUUUGACUUUUGGUACUCCAGAAGAGCGCCAAUCCCUAGUUGACGAGAUGCUGGGAACCACUGAUGAAAAUGAGCCUCUCCAGGCAAUGAUGAAAGAUCAGUUUGCAAACUACGUUGUACAGAAAGUGCUGGAGACUUGUGAUGACCAGCAGCUUGAGCUUAUACUUAACCGUAUUAAGGUUCAUCUUAAUGCACUGAAAAAAUAUACAUACGGAAAACAUAUAGUUGCGCGUGUAGAGAAACUCGUUGCUGCUGGAGAAAGGAGAAUUGGCGUGCUGGCUUCAUAUUCUGCUGCUGCCGCCGCAGCCGCCGCAGCCGCUACCUAGCCUACAAAGAAGCUGUACAGCUAACUUGGUUUAAUAUAAUUGCCUUUCUAGUCUAUGUUUUCACGUUUAGCUGUGUAUUGGCUCAAUUUAUCUGUUUAUUAAGAUAAAUAAGAGCCAGUUGCAAAUAAAAUCUGUUCUUUGUAAAAUGUACAUUGUUAGUUUUGAGGAUAUACCUAGAAUCAGGGUGGCUUAGCUGAGGCUAAGAUGGUGAAACACACCCAAUGCCCCUGCAGAGGAGAUUUAAAAAAGGGUCACUGUACACAGUGGUGUAAGAAAGUGGGAGAAAGAUGUAGAAGUUUGUCAUCGUGACUGUACAAAUGUUGUUGGGUGCAUAGCAUAGCCUUUGAUGUUUAGAAGUGGCCAGAAUUUUUCCUUAAUAUAUGUAUGAAUUUGUUUAAGUUUCCCUUAAUUAUAGAACCUUUUCCGGUUUUCCCUGAA